AAACGAGGUCGGCCCCAUUCUGAUUAGACGUGGCUGCGUAUUUAUACAUCCCGCAUAAACAAUAUUUCAAUUAGGAAAUAAUUACAUAUAAACACAAAUAUAUGGGCUCUCAAAUUCUAAUUAAUAAGUUAAUCAAACAAAAUUCACGAAACAAAUCGAAAACAUUUACACGAAGACAAGGGCACAGUUUAUCAUAUAGUGAUAACAGGUCUCAUCUGUAGCAACCUAGUUAUUGACUCCAGGUAAUCGACAUAUUGUUUUUACGUUACAGUGUUGCGAAACACCGGUUUUAUUUUUAUUUUGAAAUAUUUAAAAGGCGGAUUAAAAGAAGAUAUGGAGAAAGGAUCACCAUACCCUGCACAACAACCACCACCCCCACAGUACAAUCAACCUCCACCAGCAUAUGCACCUGUCGGCCAACAGACCGCAGCCACCGUUGUAAUACAACAACCACAGCAUGUGUUGCUUCGUCAGACAUUCCGUGAGGUACCAGUGAGACUAAAUUGUCAAUCUUGUCAAGCGGACAUCAUGACAGCAACACAUUAUGAAACAGGAAUGUUAACCUGGAUGGCGGUCGGCAUUAUAUGUCUAUUUGGAGGAUGGCUGGGAUGUUGCCUGAUUCCAUUCUGUGUUGACGCCUGUAAAGAUGUUGUUCAUACUUGCCCAAACUGUAAACAAAUGGUGGGCAAAUAUAACAGAUUGUCAUAAAGGCAAUAGAAAGGAAGUGGCUGAAUACCAGACUUACUAUUUUAAAUGUUUUAGAGUUUCAAAAAAGUUAAUAUUGUGAAAAUAUCAAAAACGUUUUUAAAAAUGUGUUUAAUUAAUAAUGUUUUAUAUUUAAUGUUAGUUUUUAAACAUAAUCAUUAAUUGUUUUAGUUUAAACAUAUGAUGAAAACAAAAAAAUUGUUGUUAGGGAUAAACAUACAAUUAUAGAACUACUACAAGUAGGCCUUUAGGAAUUAUAACUUUGGGGAAUAUAAACUUGAUGAAAUAUUUUAACUUUGAAAGUUAUCAAACCCUAAUAUUCUUUGAUCAAAGUUAUUCAUUUUAUCAGUUUGUGAAAAUUUCAUGCUUUGGUUUAUGAGCCAAAAAAAAAAUCCUCGACAGUCAACAUUACUCAAGCAAAAAAAGAGGAAAGUUUUGUAAGGUCAUAAGAUAAAGAAUGCCUUAUGUGUAACUUUUGUUGUUAAUGUAUAUAUGCCUUAUAAGUAAUGUGCAAUUAAAUGUAACAAACAUAAUAUAGAUCAUUGUCCAUUGUAAUCUCAAAGUCGCUUUUGAUUCGUUUUCUCUCAAAUUAUUAUAUGUGGAAAUCCCUAAAUUAUUAUAACAAAAAAAUGCAGUUUCUGUUGGUGUACACAGCAAUGUAAAAUUACCGAACCCGAUAAGAGAGUUGCUUUUUUGGCAGAAUUUUAUUGACUUUUAUGGCAAACCUUUAAAGUUUGAUAAAAUCAAGCUAGUUCACUUUAGAUUUAAGUCGAGGAACAAAAUGUAUAUUAUAGAAUAAGCCCUUAUUUGAUCAAAUGCUAAAAUACAAUUUUUCAUCUGCUUGUCUGGCGACCUAUAGCAUAAAUUUUGUUAAAAAAUGUAUCAUAUUUCGAAUUCUUUAUUAAAACAUUCAUUUCUAUGUUAAACAAAGUGAAAAUGAAAGAUUUAAAAAAAAAGAAUGGAUAAAUAUAUAUAAAAACUGAAGAUAAUAAAAAAUAAAUUGUUUUAAAACAACAUUAAAAUAUGUUAGUUAGGGAAUGACUGUAAUAUUUUUUUUGUCUAUGAAGAAAUAACAUAAAAAAUGUGGUGCACACUGAAUAACCCGUGUGGCGGGUUAUUUUAAAGGGUGCACCACAUUUUUAUGUUAUUUUGAAUAGGCAGAAAAAUAUUAGUCAUUCCUUAUAAUUUAAUACAAAAUUCCGUUUUAAGCCGGGGUAAAUCAUUAAAAAACGUUCAUGACGUCAAGGUAAUAUGACAAAAUUAUGUCUAUGAGCUGAUAGACAAAACACUGUCAACCAAUCAGAAGACGCGUUACAUCCAAAAUUAAAUUAUUGAAAUAUGGUUACAGACUUUAUAAGGAUAAACUACUUUCUUAAAAGAUUUAGAAUUUUAUUUUUGAAUAAAAAUGGCUUGAUGUUGAAAUAUAGUAAGUGCCUUGAUACUGUAGUAAUUUAGUUUUUUUUUACAUCCAUGUUUUUAUUAUCUUUCAUCAUUUUUAUUAUUGUGUAAGUUACCUGAUUAGUUUUAUUGUUUUUACUGUUAAUAUCAUACAUUGUGAUUAUAUAAAGUAUUUUAUCAUCUU